UUUUGUCUAUACUUAGUUUUGUGAAGUGUGUGAUUAUAAUAAGGUACAAAAUUUCAAUACUUUUCUCGAAUAAAAUAUUUAGAAAAGAAUAAGUGAUAUUACUAUUCUUUUUUAUAACUUUUGUUUUAUCUAACUAUCUUUUAAAACUACAUGAAAAGUACGAUGUGUAUAAUCUUACCUGCUAUAAAAAGCAUGCGAUAUUAAAUAGAAUCGUUUAAGAAACAUCCAUAUUUAUUCUGAUGAGUAGAUUAUUUAGAAAUUUGACAAUUUUGCGAUAGUUAUAUAUUCUGAUAUUGAUAAUUAUUUAUUAAAAAAAUUAAAUUUUCGACCUAUAACCUUAAGAAUAUGAUAUGAUAGUCAUUUCUGCAACAGUGCAUUAAUGCAAUAAAUUAUCAUAAAUGAAGGAAAAUAUAUGAAUAAAUAAAUUAGCAGAGAUGCGAUUUUCCUUUCAUCAUGUGUAUUGAAAUAGAAUGAGAAGUGAGAUUUUUAAAUAAUAUAUUUUUAUUUUGUUGAGAAUCGAAAGUAGAAUUAGUCGCCGAUUAGUUUUUUCCCAGGCAAGGCUAGUUCUUGUUCUAUCUUUAAAGUUUAAUCCUUAAAGUCAUUAUUGAAGGAAUCAUUAUUAAUGAUAUGCAAUAAAUUCUAAAAGAUCACAAUUCUUCUGCGACUAUAUUCAAUAAAUAAUCUUUACCAGAAAAAUCCCAAUUCUUUUUUCAUUGAAUAUUAUUUCUUUGUUUUUCGAUUUGUUAUCUAUAUAGGAAACAUGAGAUUUGAAAAAAUGAUAUAUAAACAUUCAAAGCCUAUCUAUUAAAUUAUCUUCGUCAGAAUGUAUAAAAAAAGAUGAGUCAUUGUAUUAUUGAUGAUAAUCAAUAAUAUAUAUAUAAAAAGAUUUUAUUUGCCAUUAGUUUCCAUUUAGUUGAUUCAUUCCUGCUUGUUAUGCGGAUGUCAUACCGUGACGGCCAAGAAAUCAAUUAUUCGUUGCGUAUCUAGCAAUACCUGUCUUAUAUCAUGAAACAUACUUUAUAAAUUAGCCUUGUGUAGCGAUUGGCUUCGGCGAUUUUAAAAAGAGCGUAUGAAGCGCACCCGCGGGAAAAAGACGGCUGCUUUACCGAGUUUUGGAUAACUCGUUGCCACGACACAUACAUCAGUCCAGGAUUCCGCUUCUUCAAUAGCUAUGCAGCUCUCGUGGAUAAUAUGUCACUUGUCAAUCGUUAGUGCAAUUCCUUUGUAUCCUUCUUCACAGUCGUUCGCACGGAUCUGGAGGAUCGUGAACACGAACGACACAGAAGCGAACUUGGAUCAUCACGACUACCGUGAAAAUCAAGAGCAGAGAAUUUGUGAGACUAAGUACUGUUACCAGAUCGCGAAAAAAAUUGAAGAGAGUAGAGAUGCCACGGUGGAUCCUUGCGAGAAUUUCUACCAGUAUGCUUGCGGUUCGUGGAACAAGCACAAUCCCAUACCAGACAACAAAGUGGAAUGGUCCGAGGAUGAGAUCAAAGCGAAUAAAACGAAUAACCGUAUCAGAGAAAUCCUUUCGGAAGGCGACAAAUCAACCGAUAUCUUGCCGGUUAAAAUGGCCAAGAAAUUUUAUCGUUCCUGCAUGGAUGUAGACGCAAUUGAAAAGAGAGGCAUUAAACCGAUUCAGGAGAUCUUAGAUCGUACUGGAGGAUGGCCUGUAGCCAUGCCAUUCAACAAAUGGGAUCCUGAUAAAACACCUUGGCAGAGAAUCGACAAGGAAUACAUGAUAUUAAUCGGAAACAGCGCUUUCUACAAUCUCGAAUAUGAAAUCGAUUUGAACAAUACGAAACGCUACGUGUUGACAAUAGAUCAAGCCACCGAAUAUCCUCUGUCGAGAAAAAGACUGUUCGUGAACAUGUUCGAAAUGUUUUUAUACGAUGACGAUCAAUACACGUUAGGUAUAUUUCGCAUGAUUCAAGCUUUCGCAAGGGAAAAAGGAUACGUUCUGAAUCGACGGCAUUUAAUCAUCGAUGUAGUGGAAAUGUUAUAUUUCGAGCUUGAAUUGUUGGAGAUUAUCGAAAAUGGGAAGGAAAGUCACACGGUUAGUGAUAAUUUCGAAAGAAUGACGAUCGAACAAUUGCAGAAAUGGUAUGAUAAUUCUGGCGUUAAUACAUCUACAGCAAAGAUAGACUUCUUGGAAAUGAUACAAUACUCUUUUAAAGUGGCUAAUAUCGACAUAAAUUCAUCCGAACCUAUUAUAGUGUACAAUCCAAUAUUUCUUCACAAGCUGGCCACUUUACUUGGAAAGACAUCUCGACGUGUGCUGGUGAACUACGUCCAAUGGAACAUGAUCGACAAAUUUUUGUUGUACACUACGCAGGAGAUGAGGGAUAUAAAGUUCGAGAUGUCAUUGUCGUCGUAUAAUGUGUCCAAUUUUAUUCCACGAUGGGAAAUUUGUGCGAAUAAUAUUAGAAUGAAGAAUGCGGUUUCUUACAUGUUCGUUAAAGAAUACAUCUCGGAUAACGUUAUUCACCAGGCGACGAAAAUGGUUGAAGGAAUGAAAGAAGAAUUAGGACACCGCAUAAAUCGAACACAUUGGCUAUCAAGUUCCAUAAAAGAGAAGCUGAUGGAAAAGUUGGAUAAUCUACAAACGCAGAUUGGAUAUCCAGAUUGGUAUAAGGACAAUGCUGCUGUUAUUCGAUAUUACGAUGGACUUCAAAUAGGAUCGGAUUAUUUUCAAAAUAUUUUAAAUUGCGAAAAGAACGAAUUGUUAAAAAGUCUGACAGAAUUCAGGGAGACUGUUAUAAGAGACAAAUGGUUAGAUUUUCCUAUAACGGUUAAUGCGUUUUAUGCUCAAAUAAUUAAUUCGAUAAUCAUACCAGCAGCUGAAUUGCAAGAUCCUUAUUUUACGCAUAUUUUACCAGACGCUAUUAAUUAUGGAACGAUCGGAUUUGUAAUUGGACAUGAAUUAUCUCACAGUUUCGAUAACGAAGGAAUACGAUUUGAUAAAGAGGGUUACAAAAUCCCAUGGAAUUCCAAAAACAUAUCAGAAGAAUUCGAGGAACAAUCGAUGUGUUUUGUCGAUCAGUAUAACAAUUAUAUACUUGAUGUCACAGACGAAAAUGGGGAACCCUUUAAGCUGAAUGGAUAUCUAACCGAAGAUGAAAAUAUGGCUGAUUCAAUUGGUAUACAAAUUGCUUAUUCAACGUACAAGAAAAUAGCGAAACAAAAACCACAAACCAAGUUACCAGGUUUAGAAAAUAUUACCAACGACGAACUUUUCUUUUUAUCCUUUGCGAAUUCUUGGUGCUCUUCGACGAGGCCGGAAUACGAGGCAGAUAUGGUGAACAAAGACGAGCAUAGUCCUGCAAAGUAUCGAAUUAUAGGUUCCCUUUCCAAUAUGGCCGCGUUUUCCAAAACUUUUAAAUGUUCGCGAAACAGUCCAAUGAAUCGACGACACAAGUGUACGUUCUGGAAUUAGUAAAACUAUAUACAAAAUUAAUUAAAUUAUGAACGAAAUUAUCGAUAAAAAAAUUAAUAUGAUAAGUUUUAUCUUUUUUUAUAGUUUUUUAAACGAUAAAAUGAACGUAGUAGUACUUAAAGCACAUUUUUUAAACUCUCUUCUCUGAAAUGUUAGUUGUUUUAGUUUAAUAGUUUUGUUAAUUUUAUUUAUGAUUAUAAAUUAUAAAUUUAAUUGUAAAUAUUAAAAUAGAAUAUUAAUAAAAUCUAAAACGAAUAUUUCCUCCUA